ACAUUUCCAUUUCUCCAAUUCCACUUCCUCUUGACAUGAAGAACCCCUACAUUACUUUUUUCCUUUCCAUUCUCACUCUCCACUCCCUCAAACUCACAUCAGCUGCCUGUCAUGCAGAUGAUGAAGCGGGUCUUUUAGCUUUCAAAUCGGGUAUCACCCAUGAUCCAUCAGGCAUGCUCAGCUCGUGGAAACGGGGCACCGAUUGCUGCACUUGGGCGGGCAUUACUUGUCUUUUCGACGACAAACGCGUCACUGCCUUAUCGCUUUCGGGGCAAACGGAUAAACCGAAUAGCUUCUUAUCGGGUACUAUCUCACCAUCCUUAAUUAAAGUUCAAAAUCUCGACGGUAUUUAUUUUCUAAACUUGAGAAACAUUACGGGGAAAUUCCCGGAUCUGUUAUUCGGGUUACCCAAACUCAAAUAUGUAUACAUAGAGCACAGCAAGCUUUCGGGUCAAAUACCCAGUAACAUAGGCAAGUUAAAGCAGCUGGAAGUACUCAGUUUAACUGGAAACCGAUUCACCGGGCCAAUACCGAGUUCAAUCUCCGAGUUAACCCAGCUGGGUCAACUCAAAUUAGGUAACAAUUUCCUUACUGGUACAAUUCCUGUAGGAAUCAGCAAGCUGAAAAGCUUGACAUUUCUGAGUCUCCAACACAACCAACUCUCAGGUCCGAUUCCUGACUUUCUAUCAUCAUUACCCAAUCUUUUAUUUCUUGAACUUUCCCAUAACAAACUGUCAGGAAAAAUCCCAGCUUCAAUUUCAUCACUCGCACCGAAACUAGUCAAUCUUGAAUUAGGGCACAAUGCAUUAUCAGGACAGAUUCCAAGCUUUCUUGGAUCUUUCCAGGCACUAGACACACUUGAUCUUUCAUGGAACAAUCUUACAGGAACAGUCCCAAAAACAUUUGCAAACCUGACAAAGAUAUUCAAUCUUGAUCUUUCUCAUAAUUCUCUCGUAGACCCAUUUCCUGUAAUGAAUGUAAAAGGCAUAGAAUCUCUUGAUCUGUCUUAUAAUAAUUUCCAUCUUAAACAAAUACCCAACUGGGUCACUUCCUCAAGAAUCAUUUAUUCUUUGAAGCUGGCAAAAUGUGGGAUCAAGAUCAACUUAAGUAACUGGCGGCCAACGCAGACAUAUUUCUAUGACUACAUUGAUCUGUCUGAAAAUGAAAUUACAGGCGAUCCGAUUUGGUUACUCAACAGUUCAGAUUAUUUAGUUGGGUUUUGGGCUUCAAAGAACAAGUUGAAGUUUGAUUUGGGUAAAUUAAGGAUUGUUAAAACGUUGAAGACUUUGGAUUUGUCGAGGAAUUUGGUUUAUGGAAAAGUACCGAAGAAUGUGACAGGAUUAACGAGCUUGAAUUUGAGUUAUAAUCAUCUCUGUGGACAGCUCCCGGCCACAAAAUUUGCAGCCAGUGCAUUUGUGGGUAAUGAUUGCUUGUGUGGUACUCCAUUGCCUCCUUGCAAAUUGUAGGUGAAAAUUAAAGAAAGCUAAUAAAAGUUGAUGGUGGAGAUGUGAAUCAGACAUAAAGUGGGACGGCAUUAAUGGAUAGAUUUCAAUUUUAUUUAAUGCA